AUGAAUAAUCUAUACAUCCUUGCUCUCAUACUCUUGGUGGCUGCUACAUCAACAGUCCAAGCUGAAGUGAAUGUUUAUGCUUUGUCAUAUGCAGGUUUCAAUAUUACCAAAUGGUCAAAUGUAUCCAACUCAUUCGUACCUUUUGUCAAUAUUCCAACUCUUGAGUUGAGAGGAUACCAACAGGUGUUCAACUUCAACUCCACCUAUCUCAUGGGUUUGGCCAACAACGUUAACGACCAAAACCAACUCUACUUCCUCAUCGAUGAGGUCAACUUGUCCAAUAAGACAUUGAUCAAGAGUAAUGGAUUUAAUCCAGCCACAGCCAAUAACUACCAAUGGUCAUCAGCUUGGUGGAACCCAGAUACUCCAUCAUAUUUCUUUGUGAUUGAUAACUCAUUGACACUCCAAACACUUAGCGUAAAGACAGGUCUACCAACUUCGGACUUCCCCGCCACCAAGAUGCCAAAGGUCAACAAUCCAGCGGGUUACUCUGCCUACAUUGUCUACUUGCCAGAUACCAACUUGAUCUAUGUCAUCGUCUCUUAUGGACCUGGCUUUGGAUUCAAAUUUGGCGGACUCAAGUGUGUAAGCUCCACUGGCUGCACCUACUUGUUCACCUACAACUUCCAGGGCAAGUCUGUCCGUUCGCCACUCUACCUGACACCCAACUUCAUUGGCGACCAGGGCUACCCAACCUACGUCACCUACGUCAACGCCACCUCACUACUGUACACCGGAUUCGAUGCUACCAGCUCCUAUCUGUUCAGCCUCAAUCCACAGACUGGUGCCACACAGAUCGUCGUCCGUUUCCCAACCAUGCAAUUCCCAACCAGCGCCACCGUUGCUGGCGGUCGCAUCUAUGUCAUUGGUGGUGCCAAGAGCAGUGUUUCAAACUCUGUCUACGUCGUGUACGACCUGGCCACAAAGCAGGUCGUCAGCACCAACAAUAUCACAGGUGCCCCAGGCAGACUGUUGGCCAGCGCAAACUAG